AUGGAUAAGGAUGCACAACAGAAUUCCAAUGAAUGGAGAAAAGAAGCUGCAUUAUUACUUUCUUCACAGCUUAUGCUUGAAUACAAUGCAUUCUACUUCUACUCUGCAUGUGCUGCUCAUUUCGAUGAUCCUUCAGUAUGCCUGCAAGGUCUUGCUUCCUUUUUCAAAAAGUCCCUUCUUGAAGAAAAUGAGCAUGCACAAAAGAUAAUUAAAUUCAUGAACAUGAGGCAGCUCAAGAUCAGCUUCCGAGCCAUGGAGGCUCCAGACAUAAAGAAGUACGGCACUCCAAGUAGCGUACUCAAGGCAUCCAAAGAGUUUGAAGAAAGCGUUCUUGACAACAUAGAGACAAUAUAUAACAUAGCAUCAAAAAUAGGUGAUGCAUCAAUCACGCAGUUCCUUGAUGAGUUUGUUGCAGAGCAGGUGAGAUCAAUCUCAGAGCUCAAUGACAUGUGGGUCAAUUGCAUGAGAUGUGGAGAUGAUGGAAUGGGUUUAUUCAUCUUUGAUCAAUCCCUACUGCAAAAAGAUUAA